AUGCCUCCCACGGGAACCGAGGGCCCCCCUCACAUCAGCCCCGAAGGCGUCUCGCCGGAGGACCCGUCUGCAGGCAGCCCGGAAGCGAGCCAUGCUUCCCUGCCACCUAGCACGGCCGUGACGCCCGUCUCGCGCAAUAUCUGCCUGUACCGGCCUGUGGGCACCUUCGCCGACUCGCAGCCCCUCGUCCUGCUGCUGCCCUGGUUUGGCGCCCGGCCCGGCGCCCUGGCCAAGUACCUCUCCCUCUACCUGGGCCGCGGCUGGGCCGUGCUGGUGGCCGAGAGCAGCCUGGGCCACUUCCUGUGGCCGCGGUGGGGCCUGGCGUACGCGGAGCAGCUGCUGGGGCUCCUCGGGGAGGGCAAGGCCCUGGGCACCCAGCCCCUCCUCAUCCACGCCUUCUCCAUCGGAGGGUACACCUUCGCCCAGAUGAUGGUGCACCUCGCCAGACACCCCGAGCGGCACGCCGGCGUCGGAGAGAGGAUUUGCGGCUGCGUCUACGACAGCCUGGUCGCAGGGAGCCUGGAGAAUAUGGCGCAGGGUGUGGCCAGGAUGACCAGCUCCUCGGCGGCCGUCCAGCCUCUCCUCCGCGGAGGCGCCCUGCUGUACUUCCGCCUCUUCCGCCCGUGCACCGUAGCGCACUACGAGGCCGCCCUGGGCGCCUUCCACCACCCGCCCGUCCGCUGCCCCGUGCUGGUCUUCUUCUGCCACAACGACCCGCUGAGCGACGCCCGCACGAUGCAGCAGCUGCUGGGCGCCUGGCGGGCGCUGGGCAUCCGCGUCCAGGUGCAGGAGUGGCCGGUCUCUCGCCAUGCGCAGCACCUGCGCCUCUACCCCCAGGAAUACGCACGGGCCCUGGGCGCUUUCCUGCAGCAGCUGCGCCUCCUGCCCGCCUCCGGACUCCAGGCGAAACUUUAGCGCGGGAGAAGGAAGAGGGGGAGCCACGAACCAGCCGAGGAGGAAGACAUCGCCGCUGCCACCCCCGCGGCGGGCACGGAGGCGAAAGGCCCGUUCGCCAGAGCCACUCCAGGAGGCUGCAACCGGGAGGGGGGCUGGAGUUGGGGGUCACA